CCAAUAUGGAAGCUGUCCAUUUCAGGAGAGUUUGGAUCGGAUUUGAGGGUGAAACUCCUUCAGACGUUUGCUGCAUGUAUUUGUUUUUCAGAAUAUGACUGAGCAACAAGUUUGAAACCGUGAUGUGUGUUAUUUUGUGCGUUUAUAUUUCUCUGAGUAGUGAAACUGAAGGAAGUUGUUUUAAAGAACCACUUGCUGUUUUUACAAGCCUUCUUGACGUAGGUAAGGUGACUCUUGACUCGAGGCAAAAUGUUUCGUGAGAAUAUAAUUACAUGUAACCUUACUCAAAAUGAUAAGGGGUUGUUUAUUUGUCUGUUUCUUUGUUACUUGUUUCUAUUAGCAGUAGUUGUAGUUGAAUCAUGUUAUUAUUACAUUUGUAAUUGUGUUAUUGUGGUGUUCUCUAAUCCUUCAUUCAUCCUGAUUGGAAAUUAGUGAGUAAAAGUGCUUUCUUCCUUAAGCAAAAUAAGGCAAAUUUGACAGUUGAGCUGGGUUUCAGUUACAGAUCCUAUCAAUGACGUCUCUGUAUUUUAUUAUAGCGUUUUAUUCUCUCUCUGUGUGUGUGUGUGUGUGUGUGUGUGUAUGUGUGUGUGUAUGUGUGUGUGUGUGCAUGUGCAGAUAAUUUGCUUCACUUCUCUGUGAAGAGGAGUAUUUUCCUCUAGCUGAAAUUCUAAGGAUGCUCUUAUGCCUAAGCGACUAAUAACAACCUACGCCCUCUGGGCAAUGGGAGGCCCACUGGGUCUUCACCACCUGUACCUCAGGAGGGACAGCCAUGCUCUUCUCUGGAUGCUCACUCUGGGUGGUUUUGGGUUUGGCUGGCUCAGAGAGUUCUUCCGAAUCCCAGCUUACGUUAGCGAAGCCAACAAAGAGGCUGAGAGAGUCAGACGCCCGUCCGGCACGCCUCCACCAAUGGGCUUGGUUCGUUUUGCUGGCCAGAUUUGCGUUGGCAUUUACUUUGGGUCAAUUGCUUUGAUUAGUCUGAACUCUCUGAGAUUCUUCUACGUGCUUGUGCUGCCGUUGAGUGUUGGUGCGGGGGUCCACCUGGUGUCCUGCGUUGGUCAACAGUCUUCUGACUUGCAGAAGACCCUCACUGCUUGUAUCAUGACCUCAUCCAUAUUCUACGGCAGCACACUCUCACCUCUACCCAUCAGCAUAGCAGCUAGUGUCACUGCAGCACAACAUAGAAAGCUGAAACCUCCCCAACAUGCAGGAUCUCGACCAGAGCCACUGGGACCUCGCCUCUAUCGCCUUAGCCUAGCUCUGCUGGCUUUCUCAGCUCCUAUGGGAUAUUGUAUUUUUCACAACACCACAGCUACUUUAUACUACAUUUCAGACUGUGUGGCAGCGUUUCUCGAUAUGUUUUGGUUCAUUCCUUGGCUCAGACAGGUUGUGGAGUUCUUUCUACUGUUGCCAUACCAGAUCUUGUGUGCGCUGACUGGAGGGAGUUACUAUGAGGAGAGCUGGAAGAAGGUUCUGGAAAUACUUCUUAAUGAAUACAGCAAAAGAGAGAUUGAGGCAAUGAAGGUGCUGUCAGUGUCUGAGGGAGCCACCCUGGAGGAGAUCGCUCACAGCUACAGGGAGCUCGCUAAAUUAUGGCACCCAGAUCGCAACCCCAACAAGAAACAAGAAGCUGAAGAGAUGUUCAUUAAAAUCAAUGAGGCGUAUGAGACGCUGCUCCACAGACACAAGCCUCAAAGCAGGAAAUGAGUUCAGACUGCAUGUCUGUAGUAGUGUAGUCUGCCAUCCAGUGGUUAUAAAGUGUACUUUCUUUAAGUUAAUACAGUUUGGAGUAACUGCACUAAACUAAAACGUUUUUGCUCAUCACAUUUUGGGGAAAAAAGACCAUUGUAUAAUUACUUUGACUGUUGGUCACAGUGCAAAUUGUAUCCAUACGGAAUGAUUGAACUCAUUUUGGGCAGCACUGUGACGCAGCGCAUGUUCUUCCCAUGUCCAUGUGGGUUUCCUCCGGGUUCUUCGGUCUCCUCCCACCUUUGCAUCAAUCCAUCCAUCCAUUUUCCAUACCGCUUAUCCUGUAGGUGGUGUUGUGACUCUAAAUAUCUACCUUUAUUUUUACAUUAAAUCAUUUAGCAGACACACUUUAUCCAAGCUACCUUAAAGGAAUAGAUUCAGUGUCGCAAAAAUUAAGCAUUUUACCAACCAAUCAAAGACAAAUCCUUGAUAGCUAAAAAGUACACAAUUAAACAGAGUAAAUGAUCAGUCUAGCUUUAUAGAGGAAAUUUUGCUUCGUUUAUAUUUUUAUACUACUGCUUGCCUUUGCUGACCUGAGUCCAAAAAAGAAGAAGAAGAAUUUGUUACAUCAAGUUAAUUUUUUUUGUUGUUUCUGCUUCAGGUUAGAUGGAUAGUCUACUGAUCCAACUGUUUUUAUUAGAGCAGUUAAAAUCAGUUUUGCAGUUAAAUGGCAACACGUUACAUUAUGGAUUUGUUUGUUUUUUUAAAUAAAAUAUUAGUUUAUAUAUUCAAACAAUUAAUAUUUUGAGGAACAUAUCUAGUUAAGUGCAGGUUGCAUAAGACAUCAUAUGAAUAACUUAUACGCACACAAUAAUUAUGUACACACGUAGACUAUUAUAAUAUUUUGCAAAAAUUCCAAUAAACGUAUAAAAUAAUAUCAAA